CGUGUGUGUGUGUGUGUACCUGCUUUAUCAUUUUGCCUGCUAUUGCCUUGUUAUCAUAAAAUGUCAUCAGCAGCAAGAAAUUUGCUGUUAAGUACACAACGAAAAUGGGCACCGUCGCCGGAUUUACUGAUAAGGGAAGAAGAUGAAAUUGACGAAGAAGAAGACAAGGUUGUUCAAGACAUUCGUCGAACAAUGCAUCAUCGACAUUUGUUCGAAGAAGAAGAGGAUGAUGAAAAGUUUGGUAACUUUGAGGAAAAUACAAUUGACAGCUAUGAUGAUGAUGAAAAUUCAGACGAUGAAGAUGAUGAUGCUUAUUUGGAGGAAGAAAAUGAAAACGAUGACGAGAAUGAGCUCAGUUCUGAAUAUAGUUCCUCGCCCAGUAUUCCAGACGCAGACAUCAAUUUUGAUCUUGUCUACACUUUACACUCGUUUCAAGCCACUGUGAAUGGGCAAGCUUCUGUAAAGAAAGGUGACGCUUUGACUUUAUUGGAUGAUUCUAAUUCGUAUUGGUGGUUGAUACGAGACCUUGAGACGUCAGAAGUCGGUUAUAUACCAGCUGAAAACAUUGAAACACCUUUCGAAAGGUUAGCAAGAUUGAAUAAGUACAGGAACGCCGAGAUCUCGUUUGUGGAACACUCGGCAAAAAUUGACAGUAACUCUGCUGAUCGAACGCCAAAAAAAAAGAAAAGAGUAGUGGUUUCAACUUCAGUUAAUGUUCAACUACAAAUUCUUAUUGUAGCUGAUAAUGGUGAAGAAAUUGAGGCUGAGACGUAUGAAGAAUGGAGUGAAGAAAUGUUAGAUGAACCUACUGACGACGAAGUUGAGCAACUGGGCAUAGAUGAUGGUAGGAGAAAAGCUGCUAUCUCGUCUGGAUUCGUAGAGGAGCAAGAGAUUGAUGGCUGUGAGAUUGAUAUCGAGCCAUCACAAGAUAUUCUUGCGCAGGAAAGAAAUAUUUUGCAAAAGAUUGAUAUUGAGAGUCAAGAGAAACAGGUGCAGAAAUCAAAAGUGAUAAGAGUUUAUGCAGGCAAUAUCGACGUAAUAGGCGCAACUUACCAUUCUAUGCUUAUCCACGAAAAUACGAACGUUGAACAAUUAUUAAUGGAUGCUCUUGACAAAUUUCAUAUUUUGCAGCUUGAAACGAAGCAAACCGCAGGUGUCCUGUCUUCAUCCUACUCUCACUCUGUUAGAAACAGUGGUAUUGAAUACUACAUAACCGUAAAGAUACGAGAUAAUGAUGAAAUAAUAUUAGAUGCACAAGAUAAACCUUUCAUUAUCCAUGAAUCGUUGACCGACCAUCUGACAACACCCAUGCCUUCUUUGCCACAAUUCGAAAAGUUCUCUCUAUCGUUCUCAAUAAAAACCAAUAGUAGAAUCAACAAAAAAACAAAAAAGGGAGCCCCUCAAACUUCAACAUUAUCCGAUACUCCUAUAUUACAAUUCUUCAUGCACAAACGUAUUAAACAAGUAGACGACAGAAGUGGACAAGUCUAUGUCAAAGUGUCACUAACAACAUCAGUUGAUGUACCAGCAGCAAAUGGAAGAACUGGCAUCAAUAAAACAUUAAGAAGAAUAGCUAGUGGCAAUAUAGGUGGACAGAGAAAGAAAAAGGAUAACAAACAGAUGGAAAGAAUUGAUAAAAUGAUUGCUAUUCCUGCUCACUUCACGAUUGAGCAGCUGACAUCAAUAGCCUUGGUUAAAUUUCAUAUUAUACCUGAUGCUGCUUAUCAACAUCAAUAUAAUUUGUUGCUUAACAUAAAUAGUGAAGAAAGACUGCUCGAUUCUAAGGAAGUUUUAGCUAAUAUAUUGAAACGAAUUGAAGACAGCAAUGUAAGACCAAACAAGGAGUUUUACUUUGCAUUACGGAAUAAUAGUGUGAAUGAAGACCCUCUAUCUGCAAACAAUACUGCAACGGAGUCCAGUUCAAUCUCAUCUUCUACGUCUUCUAUAUCAACAUCCUCCAAUAGCGCUUUGAAAACCGUGAAAAAUAAUAGCAAAAUAUUUCCAGAAGCUCAACCACUUCAACAACCGCACGCAUAUCCGGUCAUGACAAACCUCGAUAAGCACACAGAGGAAAUUCUGAAACGCAUUGACAGCAAGUUAAAGGAAUACAAGCCAACGCCGUCUUUAUCAUCGCAAAGAAAACAGAAAUUUAGCGAUAAAAGCAACCCUAACUUCAAGUCGCCUAUGUCUGUGUCUCGGAAUGGACGAGGGAUUGAUAUCCAUUUACCUCAUGGUAUCUUGCGAAGUACAACUGUGGAGGAUAAAGAGCAGAUAAAGACACAGUAUUCUUUAAUGCAAUUUCCCAAUAUUCUCGUAUAUCACGAAGUUAUCAUACCCAAAAAUGGCAUAGUGAGUGAUAAUGGCCAUACUAGCAUUACCAGAAACAAUAGCAAGAAUGGUAAAAUGGAUGAAGGCAAAAGCCUAUCUAGUCUUGAGGACCUCGAAAAGGAGUUGCACAGAAUUGUUACUGCUCAUCAGUCUAACUAGAGUUCCUCUACACAAAAAUAACGAAAGACCACUUAUAAGUUCAUUAUUCUACAAUCAUUGUAUCAUUAUCCCUCUUAUACUCUAUUCACAUACAAUUAGUUUUGACUUUAUAUUUCAAUAUGUUUUUACAAAAGUUCCUCUAUACUUACAUAUACAAUCUACAUAUAUUAUACACAUUCUGUAUUGCAAUGUUUCCGUUACAUUCAUCAAUUCUAUUAAGAACCAUUCCAUACUCACUAUAGCAAUUGCUGCUUAUGAAUAAAGACAAGCCAUUCUUUUCUUAUCUAUUUUUUUUUUUUUUUUU